CAAGUUCACGCGUGGACCAGGGCGGAAGGGUUGUUAGCGUCGCGUGUGUUAUCAGUAGAUUUGUGGAUUGCUGAGCCAAAAAGUCUUAUUGUACCGCAACAUGCAUCGAAAUAACAACGAAAGCAUCAAAGUUCCAAGUUCAAGUGAUCAAAGUUAUUACCUGAAGAUCCUCGAUCAAGGUGCCAACAUAUCGGUGGACUAUGGAGAGAUUGAACUUCCAGAAUGGUACGACGAUGAAAAAUAUCGAAGAGGUCAAGAGUUAUUCAAACGCAACUUCUUCGCAAUGUUCGUGGGGAAGCUAUGCGGACUGUUGGCGAUCAUAACGGUUCCCUCGAUACUGCGUGUGCUGGUGCAUACGAAUCAAUCUUCGGAACCGCGAACCGCUUAUCGACGGUAUUUAAGCACCAUCUACCAUACGCUCGAGUGGUACUAUGAGGAAAUGAAACCCAACUCCAGGGCCUGGAAGUCGGUCACCUACGUUAGAAAAACGCAUGCUGGCGUCAGCAGACAUGCCUCCAGCGUUGAUUCCAAAAUGAUCAUCUCACAGCGAGACAUGGCAAUCACACAGUUUGGCUUCAUUGGGUGUAUCAUAAUAAAUUAUCGCAUGCUCGGCGUACAAUGUGACCAACGAGAUAUGGACGCUUUCGUGCACUUUUGGCGCGUAAUUGGACACAUGAUGGGAAUCGAGGAACGAUUUAAUGCAUGCACCGAUUGUUUUGAGACAACUGAGCAACGUAUGCUGGUGAUCGCCAAAGAGAUACUACGGCCUACUCUGCUUAACCAAACGGAACAGUUCGUGCACAUGGGCAAAGCACUGAUCGAUGGUCUCUGGUGCUUUAACCCAUUCAUCGAGUUCGACAGCUUCACGUACAUGACCAUGCGUCUCAUUAAUGUUCCCGGUUAUCAUUACUUCGACACUGAUACCGUACAUUCGGGGGGAGACUGCGAACCGAGCAAAGUGCGUCGUUACGAACAUUUCGGUUACUAUGCGCGCUUUGUCCUGUUCACCAUGGCAUACUUACACUCUUUUCUACUACGAAUUAGCGUCAUUCGGUGGUAUUUUAACUCUCAAAUGCUUCUCGCCCGAUUUCUCAUCACUUACUUCCCGUUUCUUGCGUUUUUCAAGUUCGGCAUACGUGACUCAUACGUGCGUAUAUUGAAGUAAGUGACCGUUUUCUGGUAACACAGUUAAUUAGAAGAAAGCCAGUACGCCACCGGUUUGUAUACUAUUUCAAAUGCACGAUGUAAGCGUAGUGUAUGUAACACUUACAUACUGCUGAAUAAGUUAUAAACAGACCUGUGGAAAUAAACCACCUUGUACAUUAAUAAAAAUUAAAAACAA